CUGAUGGACUCCACAACAGCAACGGCAGAGCUGGGCUGGACAGUGCAUCCUCCAUCGGGGUGGGAAGAGGUGAGCGGGUACGACGAGAACAUGAACACAAUUCGCACCUACCAGGUGUGCAACGUCUUUGAAUCCAGCCAAAACAACUGGCUCCGGACCAAGUACAUCCGGAGGCGAGGAGCGCACCGUAUCCACGUGGAGAUGAAAUUUUCUGUCCGGGACUGCAGCAGCAUCCCUAAUGUCCCAGGCUCCUGUAAGGAGACUUUUAACCUCUACUAUUUCGAGUCGGACUUUGACUCGGCCACCAAGACUUUUCCUAAUUGGAUGGAGAAUCCUUGGAUGAAGGUCGACACGAUUGCUGCUGAUGAGAGCUUCUCACAGGUGGACCUAGGUGGACGGGUGAUGAAGAUUAACACCGAGGUGCGCAGUUUUGGGCCUGUCUCCAAGAAUGGUUUCUACCUGGCCUUCCAGGACUACGGAGGCUGCAUGUCCUUAAUUGCCGUCCGUGUCUUCUACCGCAAGUGUCCCCGUGUGAUCCAGAACGGGGCUGUCUUCCAAGAAACCCUCUCAGGAGCGGAGAGCACCUCACUGGUGGCAGCCCGGGGGACGUGCAUCACCAAUGCAGAGGAGGUGGAUGUGCCAAUCAAGCUGUACUGCAACGGGGAUGGCGAGUGGCUGGUGCCCAUUGGCCGCUGCAUGUGCCGGGCGGGCUACGAGUCGGUGGAAAAUGGGACCGUCUGCAGAGGCUGCCCAUCAGGGACGUUUAAGGCCAGCCAAGGGGAUGAAGGAUGCGUCCACUGCCCGAUUAACAGCCGGACGACUUCGGAAGGGGCCACUAACUGUGUGUGCCGAAAUGGAUAUUACCGGGCAGAUGCCGAUCCUGUCGACAUGCCAUGCACCACCAUCCCAUCUGCCCCUCAGGCUGUAAUCUCCAGUGUAAAUGAGACCUCUCUGAUGCUGGAGUGGACCCCGCCGCGGGACUCGGGGGGACGGGAGGACCUGGUAUACAACAUCAUCUGCAAGAGCUGUGGCUCCGGCCGUGGGGCAUGCACACGCUGCGGGGACAACGUGCAGUUUGCCCCUCGCCAGCUGGGCCUGACGGAGCCCCGCAUUUACAUCAGUGACCUGCUGGCCCACACCCAGUACACCUUUGAGAUCCAGGCAGUGAAUGGCGUCACCGACCAGAGCCCCUUCUCCCCACAGUUUGCAUCAGUGAACAUCACCACCAACCAGGCUGCUCCUUCAGCUGUGUCCAUCAUGCACCAGGUCAGCCGCACCGUGGACAGCAUUACCCUCUCAUGGUCUCAGCCUGACCAACCCAACGGAGUCAUCUUGGAUUAUGAGCUGCAAUAUUAUGAGAAGGAUCUGAGUGAGUUAAAUUCGACAACAGUGAAGAGCCCUACCAACACUGUGGCAGUGCAAAACCUCAAAGCUGGCACUAUCUACGUCUUCCAGGUGCGGGCACGUACUGUGGCUGGAUAUGGCCGGUAUAGUGGCAAGAUGUAUUUCCAGACCAUGACUGAAGCUGAGUACCAGACCAGUGUGCAGGAGAAACUGCCACUCAUCAUCGGCUCCUCUGCAGCGGGAUUGGUGUUCCUCAUUGCUGUAGUUGUCAUCAUUAUUGUGUGCAACAGACGGGGCUUUGAGCGUGCUGACUCUGAGUACACCGACAAGCUGCAGCACUAUACCAGUGGCCACAGUACGUACCGCGGCCCCCCGCCAGGCCUGGGGGUCCGCUCUCUCUUCGUGACUCCAGGGAUGAAGAUUUAUAUCGAUCCGUUCACCUAUGAAGAUCCCAAUGAGGCUGUCAGGGAAUUUGCAAAAGAAAUCGAUAUCUCUUGUGUCAAAAUCGAACAGGUGAUCGGGGCAGGGGAGUUUGGUGAGGUGUGUAGUGGGCAUCUCAAGCUUCCUGGCAAAAGAGAGAUCUUUGUGGCCAUCAAGACCCUGAAGUCUGGUUACACGGAGAAGCAGAGACGGGACUUCUUGAGUGAAGCCAGCAUCAUGGGGCAGUUCGACCACCCCAAUGUCAUCCACCUGGAAGGGGUGGUGACCAAGAGUUCGCCAGUCAUGAUCAUUACUGAGUUCAUGGAGAACGGCUCACUGGACUCCUUCUUGCGGCAAAAUGAUGGGCAGUUCACAGUGAUCCAGCUCGUGGGCAUGUUGCGGGGCAUUGCAGCAGGCAUGAAGUACCUGGCCGAUAUGAACUAUGUGCACCGGGACCUGGCUGCCCGCAACAUCCUGGUGAACAGCAACCUGGUCUGCAAAGUGUCUGACUUCGGCCUCUCCCGUUUUCUGGAGGAUGACACCUCUGAUCCCACCUACACCAGUGCACUGGGUGGGAAGAUCCCAAUACGAUGGACAGCACCUGAGGCAAUUCAGUACCGAAAAUUCACAUCAGCCAGUGACGUGUGGAGCUACGGAAUAGUCAUGUGGGAAGUGAUGUCGUAUGGCGAGAGGCCUUACUGGGAUAUGACCAAUCAAGAUGUGAUAAAUGCUAUUGAGCAGGACUAUCGGCUACCACCACCUAUGGAUUGUCCAAAUGCCCUGCACCAGCUAAUGCUUGACUGUUGGCAGAAGGAUCGAAACCACAGACCGAAAUUUGGGCAAAUUGUCAACACCUUAGAUAAAAUGAUCCGAAAUCCUAACAGCCUGAAAGCCAUGGCACCUCUCUCCUCUGGGAUGAACCUCCCCCUACUUGACCGCACAAUCCCAGAUUAUACCAGCUUCAACACUGUGGAUGAAUGGCUGGAUGCCAUCAAGAUGAGCCAGUACAAGGAGAGCUUUACCAGCGCUGGCUUCACAACUUUUGACAUAGUAUCUCAGAUGACUGUAGAGGACAUUCUGCGAGUUGGUGUCACUUUAGCAGGACACCAGAAGAAAAUUCUGAACAGUAUCCAGGUGAUGAGAGCACAGAUGAACCAAAUUCAGUCUGUGGAGGUUUGAUAGCUACAUGUCCUCCUACUCCUCUUCCUUGAGGCCCUGCUCCCCUUUGCCCCUGUAUGUCCGAGCUCUAGUUCUUGAGUGUUCUGCAUGGACCAGAGACAGGCAGCUGCUCUGAGGAUCAUGGCAACAGGAAAAAAUGCCCUGUCAUCAACAAUGAGAAGUCACCAAGAGCUUCUAGAAUUUAAGCAAUGGAAAAAGGGAA